GCAGGCAGACGCAAAAACCCAGCGCUCGGAGUCAGCAGCAGCAAAAGCAGCAGCAAAAGCAGCAGCAGCAGCAGCAGCAGCAGCGACCAGGAGGAAAACUCAGACUCACAGAGGGCUCAGCCACUGACGACAACAGCACAGUGUUUUGCCACAGGCACAUGUGCGCAGACCGGCACAGACACAGCGUGCUGCACCAGAGCGAACCAGGAUAUUUUUUCAGACCUCUGCAUUCUCCCGUUUGACGUGAAGCUGUCUACGGACACUCAGCCCCAAAAGGCCGCUACGACAGAGGAGGGAACAGAGAGAGACCUGCAGGCUCUUUGCAAGAAGGAGCUACUGGCGUCGCCGACGAACCCAGCGCACCCCGCGUCCACGCCGCCACACAUGGCCGCCCGUCAGAUGGAGGUGGUGGGCUUCCCCGCGCUGCCCGCCCACCUGCUGGCCUCCACCAUGGAGGAGUUCCCCCAGCAGCUGCCCGUGCCCAAGGGCCCCGCGCGCGGACGCAGCCGGCCCCGCCGGCCCCGCGAGGCGCGCUUCAAGACGCAGCCCGUCACCUUCGCCGAGAUCGCCGAGGUGGAGGAGGAGGGCGUCUCGCCGCUGGAGGAGGAGCGCGCGCGACGCUCCUUCCUGCAGUCCCUGGAGAGCCUGCGGCGGAGCACCCAGACGCUGCACCACGGACCCCCGGCCCGCGCCGCCCACUCCUCCACCCCCACACAGGCCAGCCUGGACUCCAGCGACUCCGACUCGGCACACUGAGAAGAGGCCCUGGACCCGGAGCAGGAGUGAUGAGGAGCAGGACACACAGAUGAACUUUUAGCUCCUCUCCUUGGACUGGACAUUUCUCCUAUGUGCGUAGAUUCUUUGCUGUCACAUGAUAUAUGAAUAUAUAUACAUAUCUAUGAAUAGAACAUAUCUAUAGUCUUGACAUGCAUCUGAUGCAUUCUCAACCAAACUCCUCCAGCAGAGUGACAGUAUUUGGCUGACUGGAUACCACUGCUUGGCAAGAGCUAAUUGUAGCUUGUAAGAUGUGACACAGUCAUAGUACCACUUUAAUUCCUCAUAUAUUCCUUUAUUUUUACUGUGUAAAGCAUUUUGAACUUGAAGCAGGGCUUGAAAGUUGAUCUAAGUAUUUGUUUUUUGAAAACAAUGAAGAAUUUCUGUUUUGUUUUUUUUCACCUUGUGCCUGCUCAUAGAUUCUUAAUCCACACGUCAUAUGUCCUAUUAAUGUGGUAAAGAAGUGUCUGGCUCUUGAACUUUCUCUGCAAAGCUCUGAUCUCUGGUCCCUCUUCUUUGGUAGCAGAGAUGUAAAAUUAACUACAGUAUGUUUCCAGAAAUGAGGUAUAAUGUUUUAAAUGAUUGUGAUAUUUAUUUGACUGAUUUUAGUUCAAUUAGGAAAAAGACACUGUGGACUAGUAAAGUCACUUUUCGUAGAUACAGAAGGAAAAUGCCUUUAUACUUUUUGAUUUUAAUUUUGUUAUCUUUUUACAGUUUCUUAUUACUUCAAUAAAUAUUUCCAACUAUA